AUUAUUCAACAUUUUUGCAGUGAGAAUAUUUGUCUGGCGACGGCAGCAGCUAUUCAGCGGAACGGUUUGUGUCUCCCCAGUCAGCGGAAAGUUUGUUCCCCAAUCCACCUACUGAAGAACGGCAGUACCUACUGUUGUGUCGCAUUUGGGCCCUUCUGAUCUAACUGGACAGCGGCACAAGUUUUGUGUGUUUUUGCAUUACUCAACUCUCUCUCUCCAUCCUCGCGCAAAACUUCGCCCGGUUAUCGAUGCAUCCUUUGCUUGUGUCGAAAUUCAGUCUACUGACGCAAUUUGGCCGAUCGACAGCAGCCCUCCAGCGAUUCUCGUUCCACACGUCCAAAAUGGUGCUCAUCAAGGAAGGAGACAAAAUCCCAUCGAUCGACCUGUUCGAGGACUCGCCGGCCAACAAGGUCAACAUUGCGGAUCUGUGUGCCGGCAAGAAGGUGAUUCUGUUCGCCGUUCCCGGAGCGUUCACCCCGGGCUGCUCCAAGACCCAUCUGCCCGGGUACGUCGAUAAGGCGGCUGAUUUGAAAUCAUCCGGCGUCGAUGAAAUCGUCUGUGUUUCGGUGAACGACCCGUUUGUGAUGUCCGCCUGGGGCAAGGCCCACAACACCGCCGGCAAGGUGCGAAUGCUGGCCGACCCAUCGGCCGUGUUCACUAAGCAGCUGGAUCUUGGAACCGAGUUGCCCCCGCUGGGAGGAUUGCGCUCCAAGCGAUUCUCGAUGGUGCUGGAAAAUGGAACCGUCAAAACGUUGAACGUUGAACCCGACGGUACGGGAUUGUCCUGCUCGUUGGCAGAUAAAAUUAAAGUUUAGUUCUCCUAAAACUAACAGCAGUUUUUCAAUUACGAUGUAACCCUUUCAAUUUCUGAGAUCAAUUAACACAGUUUAAUGAAAAUUGGAAAACCAAUAAAUUGCACAUUCAAUAUGAUAAAAUUUAAAAUUCGAAAUAAAUGUAAUCUAAUUACUACAAACAUAAA